AUGCAGUUCGUGCCACUGGCCGACGUACUCUGCGAUGCUAUCGUGAGCCUGAAUCGAGCCGGUCAAGCCACUACAAUCCACGCUGUUCGUCAGCAUAUCAUCCGAAAUUGUGCCUAUGUUGCUCCUCCGUCAAUGGAUAUGGUCAAGCAGACAGUCACCAAUCUGAUAGCCACUGGUCUCGUCUACAAGAUGGGCGAUCACCUGUUCGUCUCCGUACCAGCACAGGUUGAACCAAAAGCAAAGGUGGCAGUGGAGUGCCAGACGGGCAUGUCGAUCAUCGCUCACGAUGAGCCAGAGAAAAAAGACCGCUUUGGCUUCAUCACCCGCAUCUUCUCAAAGAAACACCAACAAGCUAAGGACGCGCACCCACCCUCACUUCCCGUGAAACACGCCGUCGAUUGGAACGAAAAAAUUCUGGCGCCAACUGCGUGCAGAUAUCAGACAACUCAAAGACAGACGCAUCAUGUCACAGAAAGGAUUGAACAUCGUCGUCAUCCGAAAUGCGAGCGAAUUCAAAUCACCUCAUCAUCGGAGUGCCUCGAUUACGGUCCAAUCGACCCUCCUGAAUGCCUGCCUGGAAAGGUUGAAGUUAUCGAAGAUCUGCACAGUCGUCGCAAGCGUCGUAUAAAACGAAAGGAAAUCCGUACAUCUACACCAGUUGAAGCUUCGGACUCAGCUUAUUCUGUUUCGCCAGUUCAGACAGACUCAAAUGAAGAACCAGGCAGCUGGAGUGAGCCUGAUGAAAAUAAGGAGCAUCACACGUACAUGAAUCUUGCCGCAACACACGACUCCACCCAGUUCGAGGAAGUGCCGACAAUUAUCUGUCCCUCAGGACGCCAACAAUACUUUCCAAAUCUAUAA